AAUAAACCAUCUAGAAAACCGGUGUAUUGCGAAGGGCAUAAUUUACCGAAACAACAUGUUUCUAUCGAUUUAGAAAAACUUAACAAAACCAUCACAAUACAGCUAUCGGCAACACUGUACGUGAGACAGGAGGAAUCGUUACUUUACGGCGCUGAUCAAGAGCAGCUACCAGACAUAAUUCCUCAGGCGCGACAACUAGAAGAGUUGAUUUCGUAACUUCUUGUUAUCACAGCAAUCCGAACCACUCGUAACUGUGUUGUGCAGCGGGCAGUUCAAUCAACAACAAAGCAGUAGGCCAGGAUCCUGCCGAUCGGAAACCAUGAGUGGAUAUUUGUUUCGAAACUACGGCAGUCGCUACAUUUCUAUACUUAGUCGCGUGUGGUCGGGAAACUCGCAAUUGAUGAAAAACUCAGAAGCAAACUUAAGAAAAACACUCGAGAGCAAGUUCCCUCAGGCAAAGAACAUCGUUGUUACCGAUAUCUCUGGCGGCUGUGGAUCGAUGUACGAAAUAUUCGUUGAAAGCAAAGAAUUUAAAGGACUGUCCACGGUCAAGCAGCACCGACUAAUAACGGAAACACUCAAAUCGGAAAUUAAAGAUAUGCACGGUCUCCGGAUACACACAUCCAUUACUGAGUAAUGAUACGUACGUCCAUUGUACAAAGCAUAAUGCGCAUAAAGCAUUAAUUUACUGCUGAUCAUCAGGCUAUGAAUAACGAUAGUUCGUAAGACGUGACCGUACCUAUUCUAAAUUGCAUUGAAAAUUAAAUAAAACGAUC